UGGGAUAGCAGAGGUCAAGUCAAUGUACAGGGGACGCUUAGAAGGAAGCAGAGCUGAAGGCGUGCAGUGCAUCUCCCCAGCUACUUCCAGAGCCCCGGGGGUUUUCCUGGCGUAAAGGAGAGAUAAAAUGUCCUUCAGUGUGACUCUCAAUGGAUCUGGACCAUGGGGCUUCCGUCUGCAAGGAGGGAAGGACUUCAACAUGCCUUUGACCAUCUCCAGGAUCACUCCUGGCAGCAAGGCAGCCCAGUCUCAGAUGACCCAGGGGGAUAUGGUGGUAGCCAUUGACGGCGUCAACACAGAUGGCAUGACCCACCUAGAGGCCCAGAAUAUGAUCAAAUCGGCAAACUACAACCUGAAUCUUACUCUUCAAAAAUCAAAACGUCCAAUUCCGAUGCCAACAAGCACCCCGAGGAUCGAUUCUCCCAUGCCCGUGAUCCCUCAUCAAAAGGAUUCAGUCUCGACAACCAGUGGCGACCGAGGGAGCUUCAGUCUUCUAAAUAGCACCUCAGUGGGCCCCAAGCAUAGCAUGUUAGCCAGCAAUGGUGCCCAUUCAGGCUACCUCAGCAGACAAGAGACCAGUCUGUCCCAGAGCUCUUCCUUCUUAAUGAGCGCCAGCUUUAGGUCUUCCAUGUCCUCCUCUCAGUCUGUGACCCCUGACCUCUCGCCAGCAAAAUCCGACUUAGGUUCGAAAACUGGCAUGGUCUUUAUUGAUGGCAAUAAAGCGAAGCACCAGCUGAGCCCCGCCAGGCAAUAUAACAAUCCCAUUGGUCUCUAUUCAGCAGAGACGCUCAAAGAAAUGGCCGAUUUGCAUAAGUUAAGUCUCACCGGAAGGGCUUCCGAAGGUGGACUUCUUAGAGGUAACCUUCCUGUUAAAGACCCUCAUGUAGACAGUGCCUCUCCAGUCUAUCAGGCUGUGCUUAAAACUCAAAACAAGUCUGAAGAUGAGCUGGAUGAUUGGAGCCGCCGAUCUUCCCACUUGCAGUCAAAGUCCUUCCGAGUCCUUGCUCAGAUGACAGGAACUGAGUACAUGCAAGAUCCAGAUGAAGAUGCCUUGAGAAGAUCAAGUGGCAAGAAACAUGUUGCUGUAGCGACUGAAAACAGUACCCCUGUUGAGCAUGAGCCUGUGUCUAUCAGCUGCACUCCUUCUGCUAUGCCUGCUGCUUCAGCCAGUCCAUCUUCUUCUGCUGCUGCUGCUGCUGCUGUUGCUUCUUCUCACAGUGGUGUUCAUCGGAUGACGCUGCUGCCAGCUUCCGCUUCAUCUGGGGCUUAUGACUCCAUCUCAUCCUCCUGCCAAAGAGGCCAAGCCUACACUUCAGCCCCAGCUACCCAUGGCCCAGCUCCUCAUGGCCCAGCUCCCCAUGGCCCAGCUCCCCAUGGCCCAGCUCCUCAUGGCCCAGCUUCCCAUGGACCAGUUUCCCAUGGACCAGCUCCUCAUGGCCCAGCUCCCCAUGGACCAGCUCCUUACACAGGCUACAUUGAAGCCCCAGUGCCUGCUCCAAAGCCAAGAGUUGUGACUACUGCAAGCAUAAAGCCGUCGGUCUAUCAGCCAGCAGCUCCAGCACCCGCCCCACCAUCGGUGUCCACACAUACCUAUAUUCCAAGCCACGUUGAGCCUGCAAGUCGUCCCCCCUGGGUGACGGAUGACUCCUUCUCCCAAAAGUUUGCUCCUGGGAAAAGUACAACCACCGUUACCAAGCACAUUCUGCCAAAGGGUGCUCCGAUGCCUUCAUCUUCUGCCCCACCUCCCUCGAUUCCUGCGUCCAUCCAGGCUCCUGCUAUCGCGCGGGGAACAAUCCAAAGAGCAGAACGCUGCCCCGCCAGUAGCCGAGCUCCGCUCUGUGGACAUUGUAACAGCAUCAUCAGAGGGCCCUUCUUGGUAGCCAUGGGUCGUUCUUGGCACCCUGAGGAAUUCUACUGUGCUUAUUGCAAGACCUCUCUGGCUGAUGUGGGCUUCGUUGAAGAACAGAACAGCGUCUACUGUGAGCAUUGCUAUGAACAGUUCUUUGCCCCGACCUGUGCCAGAUGCCAUGCCAAGAUCAUGGGGGAAGUGAUGCAUGCUUUGAAGCAAACCUGGCACACCACUUGCUUUGUUUGCGCCGCCUGUCGGAAGCCCUUUGGAAACAGCCUCUUCCACAUGGAGGAUGGAGAACCCUACUGUGAGAAAGACUAUGUUGCCUUAUUCAGCACCAAAUGUCACGGAUGCGACUUCCCCGUUGAGGCUGGAGACAAGUUCAUCGAAGCCCUUGGUCACACCUGGCAUGAUACAUGCUUCAUUUGUGCUGUCUGCCAUGUCAAUUUGGAAGGUCAACCGUUUUAUUCGAAGAAAGAUAAACCUCUGUGCAAGAAACACGCCCAUGCCAUCAACGUCUAAAGGAAGAUCCAGGAAAGGAAUAACGAAGUAAAAAAGUGUGGUUGAUCCAACAGAUUAAAAUAUAGAUCACUAUGGAUUUUUGAGGAUAGAGGAGGGGAGAUCACAAAUUAUGGACACUUUGAAUUAUGCUUUUGUGUGUGCAGAUCUGUUUCUGGUGCACAAAAGAGUGAAUACAUAGCUUGACAGCCAACUUGCGUUACAAAUGCUUGAGCAAAAUGAACAAAAUAAGGGGGCAGUUUCUAUGUAAGCAUAUUUAGGAUAGCCUUACUCUAGUAGAACCCAUUACUGUUAAAAAAAUAAUAAAUAGAAUCCUUUCUUAGUAUUAUAAUACAGCUCAAAAGUGCCAAAUUACACAAAGUAAUUUAGAGCAGGGGUCCCCAAACUUGGCAGCUUUAAGACUUGUGGACUUCAACUCCCAGGAGUUGAAGUCUACAAGUCUUAAAGCUGCCAAGUUUGAAGACCUCUGAUUUAGAGUCAUAGUCCAUUAUGACGAAUCAAUUAAGUAUUCCUUACCCAGCCAAACAGAGAGAUUCCACUGUUAUACGUCAUGCCUCUUCUUCACACUACUUAGAUGUGGCAUAACUUUUAGGUUAAAAAAAAUAUUGUAGGCCAGAUAGAAUUAACUAAAAACACGCCAUGGACUGACCCAAUCAAAGCUUGAAUCCAAACGCAACUCAAAACCCCUCUGGUAAUUCUCCCUAAUUACCAGGUUUUCUUGUAUAUAGGUGUGGUUUUCCUGGAUUUAAAAAAUAUGCUUUUUCCAAGCUGGUAAACUUUGGGGAUAAUAUCAGACCCCCCAGCAAUCGUGAAUGGCUCUUCCUAAGUCUCAUUCCUAUAUUAGCUACAUCCCUCUAGUGUAGAACUGUUAGAAAAUGAUUUUCAAAGGACUCUGGAUGUGUGUGGCUCUUGAGCUUCUGAUCGUUGGUAGGAAAGUUGGGCAAAAUGAUGAGAAGGAUUGCAUGGAAGAGUGAAGAGUUAAAUCAGUUAAAUCUACCAUUGUGGAAGGAAGGAGAAAGUAUUGGGUUGUAGGUUCACCGUGCCAUUGUCACUCUCAAGCCAACUGACCAUGGGGGAAACACAUAUGUAAGAAGUUUCCCCAAGGAUGAGACCCUCCAACUUGGUUGAGAUUACUUGCAACGGGUAGUAGAAGCUGUAGUCUUUGGAUAUCUGGAAGCCAACCCUUUGCUUUCCAUUUGAGACUCUUUGCCAACUGAUAGAUAAGGAUUUGGCUGGAUAAUCCAUCAGGAACACUUACUUUGAGCGCUGGAAAACUCUUACUCGUAAAUAGGGAAGGUGGUAAUUUAGUUUUUGUUGAUGGUUAGGAAAAGCUACGUUAUAAUUGCAGCUACAAAAAAUAUAGAGACGGGGGAGGAUAUCCAGAUUUUUUAAAAAAUUCUUUGUUUUCAAGAAUGGGACUUUUUGGUUGGUUAAAGCUGGUGCCAUUCACCGGACAGACCUUAAAUGAGAAACUUGCGAUUCUUUAAAGGCGGAGUCUCUAAAGUGUGGUUGUGUUUGCUGCUACAAGAAUAAGAAGCCUGCAAAAUCUUGAGUAGUUUUCCUUUCUUUUUUUUUUUUCUUUUUUUCAAGUUUUUGAACAAAUGCUAUUUAGGAUUUCUGCAAUUAUUUACUUUUUGAAGCUUUUGUCCUCUUGUGUUGGGCAGCCUAUAUUUAUUCUGGCUGGCAUUUGGGUAUUUAAUCCUUUCGCAUCAGGUAAUUGUUUAUAUACGGUGAAACCACUGGUUUAUAUCUGCUCAGAUAAGCAGCCUAAAUUUAGACACAGAAGGACUCAUUCUAUGUCAACAUUGUUAGGCGCUCAUUUGAAUGGGCAACACUGUCAUAAAGAUAAAAGCUGUUUACUCCUGUAGAAUAUGUUCCAACAUGGAAGCUUAUGAUUUCUUAUUUAAAACAAUGUACAAUAUUUAUUAUUUGUUUGGGGGGAAAAAAAACAAGAGGGAAGAAGAUCGCAGUUUGAUUUUCAUAAUGUUUGCUGUUUGACUGGAAUCCCGACCUCAUUCAGGCAAAAAGCUAAAAUAAAAGCUGCAUUAUAACCAUG